AUGCCUGGAGUGGUGUUUCUUGUUUGCGUUCCGACGGCAAAUUAUGAAAGGACGUUAAUUAACGGCAUAAAUUAUGCACCGAAUAAUGAACAGCUGCCUCCACCGGUACCGUCCCAUCAACCGCCACGUAAUCUUAAUAUAAAUCUCCCGGAAAAUGUGCCCCACGGGCCGAGAGGUCCGCGAACGCACCACAACCCAGCGGACAGUGCAGCCGGAAAUGCAGUCCUUCGGCUUGAGGUUGAGCUGCGUGACAAACACGCCGUACAGGGACGUCGUACGGCAAACAAAGCGAAACCACCCAAACCACCGUACGGAGCGAACGCGUUAAAAGCACCACCGAACGAUGGUGGAUCGGCACCGCUCGAAAAGGUAUUGGACGAGUUACUCAAGAAGCUAGACGUUGAACGCGUCAUUUGGCACCCGGAUAAAGAGGGUCAGUACUAUCAAGUUGUGUUCCCUCUGGCAGCUGGUGAUCCAUGUGAAACAACACUUCACUGCCUCACAGAGUUAGGAAUCGGUAUUAAGUACAACUCCAGCGUAAGCGUUCUGCCUUGCAGUGUCAGCUUCGACGGUUCCAACGAUACCAGCAACGAAGAUGAAUACGGGGACGAAUGUGAGGAAAACUCCAAGUGGAACAACUUUGUCGACUCGAUCCGGUCGAAGCUCACGGUGAAGCAGGUGGUCGAUGGUGUGCGGGCCGGUGGUUCACUAUCGUUCGACUACUUGCUGCUCAUCGUCACGGCAGACUCACUAGCCGCCUUAGGACUGGUGGAAAAUAAUGCACCAAACAUUGUGGCCGCGAUGCUGGUUUCACCGCUGAUGGGUCCGGUAAUGUCGAUUACCUUCGGAACGAUCAUAGCCGACCGCGAGCUGGUGAAGGUUGGCUUUACAGCGCUCGCACUCGGUAUGUUCAUCUCGAUACUGUUUGGAUUCAUUUUCGGGCUCAUACUUGGUACCACCCAGAUGCCGUGGGGUUUCGGCGAUUUCCCAACGGAAGAAAUGAAGGGCCGUGGCAAUGCACGCUCCCUGUGGAUGGGCAUACUCUGGGCGUUAACAUCCGGUAGCGGUGUAGCGGUAGCAUUGCUUCAAGGCUCGGCCGGACCAUUGAUAGGUGUUGCAAUUUCCGCUUCGUUGCUGCCACCGGUCGUGAACUGCGGACUGUUCUGGGCAUUGGCCUGCAUUUGGCUUAUAUACAAGGAGGAAGACAUCAAGAUGCCGCACCUGAAGGGUGAACCGUACAGUGGUAACUCUAGCUACGAAUUCAUCUACACCAAUUACAUCCCCACGGAGUUCCUAAUUAACGGCAUCGUUUCCGGUCUGCUGACGGUGAUCAACGUUAUUUGCAUCUUUAUUACCGCCAUCAUCGUGCUGAAGAUUAAGGAGGUAGCGGCCCCGUACACCUCCAGUCCGGAUCUGCGCCGAUUUUGGGAAACGGAUAUACGUACCGCGCGCACUGCAAACCGUACCACAAUACGCCGCAACCGUGGCGGUGAAGCGGACAUCAUGUCAACCUAUGCCGAGCUGGAAAAUGACCCGAAGGCACGGAAUCUGGAGAAUGCACUCGAACAGGCCCUGAAGGAAGCCGUCGACGAUGACACCUACCGAAAGGUCAAGCGGAUGAGCUAUUCCAGCAAUGCAGCCGGUGAGAUUUCCGAGCGCCUGUUUGGGCACGGUUCCGGUUCCGGGGCCUCGGGAGUGUCCACCAAUGGAGGGCAAAUUGGAAAUCCCAUGGCAACCGCCGUAGGUUCCAGCACGAAGACGACGGCCGACUUGAAGCUGCUGGAGAAACUCGUCAGCUCACUGCUGGAAACGCACAACAGUCCCGCAAGUGAUGGGCGCUCCGAAGGACUUCACCGAAGCGGAUCCGUACUCGGGCGCUUCCGUCCCAUGUCGCGCUCGUUCCGCUCGACAGGUUCGCUGCGAAGACGCAACGAAGGCACAGUCGGUUCUUCCGGUGGUACGGGAGCCGGUGGAACGGGCGUGUCCGGCGGCGAGGGAACGAUGCCAACUAUUCAGGAAUCUGGCACCGACCGUAACAGCGAUAGCCGGGGACGACGAAAUUCCUGGAACGACCGGGCCGGUGGUAAUGUGCGGCGGGUGCUGAACUCCAUCGCUAAUGCACCGCACCGGUUCAGCCAGUCGCUGAGUGGUGGCGGACCACUUCAGGAUAACGACGAGGAGCGCAGUAAUUUGACGCAGAACAUUCUUUGA